AUGGGUCUGAAGGGAAGCUGUAUGUGCAAGGCGAUCAAGUACGAGAGUACUGAUUGCCAAAAGUGGAGCGGCUCAGCCUUCACCUCCAACGCCGUUGUCCCUCGUACAUCUUUCAAGGUCACCCAAGGUACGAGAGGCUCUCCCCCCACGUUCUUCCCUGAAUAUGCCCUAAACCCUGAUCAUCUAGGUGAGCCCAAGUUCUACGACAUCACUGGGGACUCGGGCAAGAACAACAGACACUUCUUCUGCUCCAACUGCGGGUCUAGCUUGUACACCGAGCUGGACUUGAUGGCCGACGUCACGUGCAUCAAGGCUGGUGGGCUUGACGAGGGAAAGGCGAGCUUGGAGGGGAAGCCUGCUGUUGAGUUCUACUGCAAAGAUCGAGUUUCGUACUUGGUCGAUGUUAAGGGUGCUGAUCAGAAGCCCGCUUUCAGUUGA